AUUUGAGCACCAUCGCCGGGAGCUCGUCGAAAGAAAUCUCGUCUGCGUGGGUCAAUUGGUGAUAAGUGAUUAGCAUCCAGUAGCUCACCGAGAAGCAAGGGAUACAAACUAUCAGAAACCCCAAAAGCACAACCUCAUCUGGCGCAAUGGCACAAUACUCGUCAGUGGCAGUAGCCGUCACGCUGUGGAUGGGAGUUUUUCUGCAGAGCAUCGUCACGAUAAAGUCGUUCGAGGUGUACUGGAACAUACCAACGUUCAUGUGCAAUCAGUUUGGGCUCGACUUUGGUGGCGUCAAUCGGACGUACUCGGUACAUCAGAACAGAAACGACACGUUCCGGGGUAACGCCGUCUCGAUACUGUACGAUCCGGGAAAGUUUCCCGCGCUGCUCGAGAAACCCUCCACCAAAACGCUGUACAAGCGUAACGGAGGUGUUCCGCAGGAAGGCAACCUAACCGAGCAUUUGGAGAUAUUCGAGCGCCACCUAGACGAACUGAUACCAGAUCGCAAUUUUAGUGGUAUCGGCAUUAUCGACUUCGAGUCCUGGAGGCCUAUCUACCGGCAGAACUUUGGCACACUGCAACCGUACAAGGAUCUCUCGGUCAAGCUGGAAAAGGAUCGCCACCCGUACUGGUCCGCGAGUCAUCUUGAACGAGAGGCGACGCGACGCUUCGAAGCAACAGGACGCGAGUUCAUGGAGCGCACCCUGCUCCUGGCGAAACAGCAGCGACCCCUAGCGGCCUGGGGUUACUAUGCAUUUCCGUACUGCUUCAACAUGAACGGCGGCGCAAACGGUGGCCGGGAAAACUGCACCCCGGAAGUGCAGCGGGAAAACAACCGGAUCAUGUGGCUGUUCGACGGAUCCGACAUCGUCUUCCCGUCCGUCUAUCUACGCCAGAAGCUGUCGCCCACCGAACGGGAGCAGCUGAUCCGAGGGCGCGUCCGGGAAGCGGUCCGAGUGGCAGGACGUACCAUCGGGUCGAAGCCAAGGCGCAAGGUCCUGACAUAUCUGCGCUACGUGUACACCGACACCAUCGAGUACCUGACAGAGAGUGACUGGAUUAACGCGUUGGCAGCGAUGAAGAGUACCGGAUCUGAUGGUAUUAUCCUCUGGGGUAGCUCGUUCGAUCUUAACACCCGACAAAAGUGUACCUCAUUCAAGGUGUACUUGGACAACACCCUGGGACCUGUUUUAAGCUCUCUCCAGCCGCGGUACAUGGUGGCGAACUUGCCGAAGCCAUCCACCUAGCCGAUGGCCCCACAUCAACCAUAGAUAGUAGUUACGGAAGCUGAUCGGAACCACCGGCGAUGGCAACGGGGAAUGCUAGCGAGCAAGGAGUUCACUAUUUAUGCAGGCUGUUCGUUUUGUAAAAUAGAAUUAUUCUUCUUUUUAUCGUUGUGCUGUAAAACGAAAGGAUUUAAAUAUACACAUCAAA